GAGACCGUGCACCCGGCGGAAACAGCUCCUAUGAGUGCGCCUCCGCUGAUUCGCGCGCCCAGCCCGCUCCCGUUCACCGGGGGGGCGAACAGCACCGGCACCGGCCCCGGGGGCGGAGAGGGAGGAGGCGGGGGCGAUGUGAUCUCCUUCCACAUCCAGAUCGGUCUGAGCCGGGAGCCGGUGCUGCUGGACGCCACGGACCUCAGCCUGAGCCAGGUCCGGGAGGUCGCGUGCUCCAUCGUGGACCAGAAGAUACCCGAGUGUGUUUUCUACGGGAUGUAUGAGAAGAUCCUGCUGUUUCGUCAUGACCAGAUGUCGGAGAACGUGCUGCAGCUGCUGCGCUCGGCCUCUCAGAUCCAGGAGGGCGACCUGGUGGAGGCCGUGCUGUCGGCUUCGGCCACAGUGGAGGACUUCCAGAUCCGUCCACACUGUCUGUUCGUUCACUCGUACCGAGCUCCAGCCUUCUGCGACCACUGUGGAGAGAUGCUGUGGGGACUCGUACGGCAGGGACUCAAAUGUGAAGGCUGCGGUCUGAACUAUCACAAGCGUUGUGCCUUUAAGAUCCCCAAUAACUGCAGCGGAGUACGUAGGCGUCGCUCGUCCAAUGUUUCCCUGACGGGGGGGCUGAUAAACCUGGGGCGCCCCCUCUCUGCUGAGCCCUCACCGCCCCACUACACCGACGAGGCUUUACUGUCUCCAGUGAGUCCCAGCAUGGAGCAGAAGAACCAAUUAGAUCACUUCUCGGGUCGAGAGCGGCGCUCCAGCUCCCAGUCAUACGUCGGCCGUCCCAUCGAGCUGGACAAGAUCUUACUGUCGAAGGUUAAAGUUCCUCACACCUUCCUGAUCCACUCGUACACCCGGCCCACCGUCUGCCAGCACUGCAAGAAGCUGCUGAAAGGCCUCUUCAGACAGGGCCUGCAGUGUAAAGAUUGUAAAUUUAACUGCCAUAAACGAUGUGCUCCUAAAGUGCCAAACAACUGUCUGGGAGAAGUUUCCAGAAAUGGAGAGCUCCUGAGCCCGGGGGCGGAGUCAGACGUCGCCAUGGUGGAGGGUUGCCUCGACGACCACGAUGUAGACAGAGGUGGCGGCAUGUUGGACGACAUGGACGAAGCGCUGACAUCAGAGGGGGGUCUCCUGCUGGAGGCGGGGCACAGUGACCCUGACAUGCACGACCCCGACCUGGACGAGUCCAACCGGGCCAUCAGCCCGUCCACCAGUAACAACAUCCCUCUGAUGCGAGUCGUUCAGUCUGUCAAAAACACAAAGAGGAAGACGAGCAACGUGAUGAAGGAGGGCUGGAUGGUCCACUACACCAGCAAGGACACUCUGAGGAAGAGACAUUACUGGCGGCUGGACAGCAAAUGCAUCACAAUGUUUCAGAACGACACAGGAAGUAAAUACUUCAAGGAGAUCCCUCUGUCGGAAAUGUUAUCUCUGGAACCGGCUCAAGACUUUUCUCUGCUUGCCGACGGAGCCAAUCUUCACUGCUUUGAGAUCGCCACAGCGUCCCUGGUUUACUACGUCGGAGAGCAGCUGCAGAGAUCUGAAUCAUCUGGGACCGGCAGCAGCAGCAGCAAUCUGAUUAGCGGGGUUGGGCAGGAUGUGGCUCGGAUGUGGGAGAUGGCCAUCCAGCACGCUCUGAUGCCAUCCGUCUCUACAGGAGUCUCCCACAGCUCUCACCGCAGCGGACACAAGGAGAUUUCCAUCAGCAUUUCCGUCUCUAACUGCCAGAUCCAGGAGAAUGUGGAUAUCAACUCUGUGUAUCAGAUCUUCCCAGAUGAAGUUCUUGGCUCGGGACAGUUUGGCAUCGUCUACGGAGGUAAACACAGAAAGUCCGGCCGAGACGUCGCCAUCAAGAUCAUCGACAAACUUCGCUUCCCCACCAAACAGGAGAGUCAGCUGCGCAACGAGGUGGCCAUCCUGCAGAGCUUGCACCACCCCGGCGUGGUCAACCUGGACUGCAUGUUUGAGACCCCGGAGAGAGUGUUUGUCGUCAUGGAGAAGCUCCACGGAGACAUGCUGGAGAUGGUCCUGUCCAGUGAGAAAGGACGACUGCCGGAGAGGAUCACCAAGUUCAUGGUCACACAGAUCUUGGUGGCAUUGCGUCACCUCCACUUCAAGAACAUCGUGCACUGCGAUCUGAAACCUGAAAACGUCCUGCUGGCUUCUGCAGAUGCAUUACCACAGGUGAAGCUGUGUGACUUUGGCUUCGCUCGGAUCAUCGGCGAGAAGUCCUUCAGGCGUUCGGUGGUCGGCACGCCGGCCUACCUCGCUCCCGAGGUCCUGAGAAACAAAGGCUACAACCGCUCUCUGGACAUGUGGUCGGUCGGCGUCAUCAUCUACGUCAGUCUCAGCGGGACGUUUCCCUUCAAUGAAGACGAAGAUAUCAACGAUCAGAUCCAGAACGCUGCCUUCAUGUACCCUCCUCAUCCCUGGAAGAAGGUUUCCCAGGAAGCUAUUGACCUGAUUAACAACCUGCUGCAGGUAAAGAUGAGGAAGAGAUACAGUGUCGACAAGACCCUCAGUCACCCCUGGUUACAGGACUACCAGAUGUGGCUGGACCUGAGGAACCUAGAGUCCCGGAUGAACGAGCGCUACAUUACGCACGAGAGCGACGACAUGCGCUGGCAUCACCACGCGCAACUCAGCGGCCUCGACUACCCGGCAUACCUCGACAACGGUCCCCGCUGCGACGGCGGUCAGAUGGCGGAGCGUUGCCAUGGCGAACAGGAGCUGGAGACCCUCAGCGAGAGGGUCAGUGAACUCUGAGGACGACAAGGAAAACGCCAACCGCAACAACACAUCUAACAAAAGCACAAAAUCAAAACGAGGGAGGAGACAUUUUAAAAAUCCGUUGAAUCCUAACGACUACUAGCAAAACACAAGUUUAAAUGUUCUUUCAUUGACUGCUUAAUUCACAGCCCAUUGAACCAAAUAAGGGUCGUUUAUUAGUAAGAUAUAGAGCUCAUCAGUGUUGUUUCCGGAAGUACAAAUCCCGGUAAUUUUCUUUUGAUUUCUAACCCAACACAUUCUCACUCCCAUUGUGUCAAAAAUUGACGCUUGGUCCGGUGCCUUUGGCGUUUGUUGUUGACGCAAAAAGUCUCCUUUAGCAUCAUAUUUAGACGCGCUUGUUCGGGACUCUGGGCGUCACUUUUUAACGCUCUGGGUCGGGACGUACGUUUAACUGACAUGCAGCAGAAGAAUGGGACAGUUAGGUUUAGGGAAAGAUGGUGGGUGGGGUUACAAAACGUACGUUUUUGUGACACGAGGGACAAGAACUCCGGUCUCCUGGGUGAAAGUCCUGUGUUGUUUGACCCAUCGACUACCCCAAAA